UUUCUCGCCGCGCGCUCCUCCCCGCGAGCACUAAGGCAAAGUGUAAAAAUGGCGUCCAUCAUGGAAGGGCCGCUGAGCAAAUGGACUAACGUCAUGAAGGGGUGGCAGUACCGCUGGUUCGUACUGGACUAUAACGCCGGGCUGCUGUCAUACUACACUUCCAAGGACAAGAUGAUGCGUGGCUCUAGAAGAGGCUGUGUGCGACUUCGGGGAGCUGUGAUUGGAAUCGAUGACGAGGACGACAGCACUUUCACCAUUACCGUGGACCAGAAGACUUUCCAUUUUCAGGCCCGUGACGCAGACGAGCGGGAGAAGUGGAUUCAUGCCUUAGAAGGGACGAUUCUUCGGCACACCCUUCAGCAGGAGGCAGAGACAGGAUUCGUUCCCAGCGUUCAAGACUUCGACAAGAAGCUAGCUGAAGCUGAUGCGUAUUUGCAGAUUUUGAUCGACCAGUUAAAACUCUUCGAUGAAAAGAUUAAAGACUGCAAGGAAGAUGAGUCGCGCAGAAAAAUCGAGAACCUGAAGGACACAACUUGUAGUAUGGUAGAGUCCAUCAAACACUGUAUCGUACUUCUACAGAUUGCCAAGGAUCAAAGUAACGAACAGCAACACGCAAACGGACUGAUAAGCACCAUAAACCCAGUGGAUGGGGUAUUCCAGCCUGCCCCUCUCAACACAUCUGUAGUUAGUGCCAUGCCAACACAGACCACUCUACCCACAGAUGGAUCUCAGGUGUGUAAAACCGAACAGAGGCCUUCUUCAUUACCCGUGGGCCCCGUUGUCACGGUGAUGGGUAGCCUUCAGACCCCCACUCCCAACAGCACAGGGAGUGGUCCUUCAGCUCCCAGCAGCAGCGUGACUUCGCCCAGUCACAUGACCGUACCACCCCACACUGUCCCUGACUUCUCCUAUUCCAGCAGUGAAGAUGAGUUCUACGACGCUGAUGAGUUUUAUCAGAGCAGCACCUCACCAAAACACUGCAUAGAUCCGAAGAGAUCCGCUGCUGUGAACAGUGACGAUAGCACAGCCCUAAAACGGCCAGACACCAACGAAUCAAUCAACUCCUCCAUGUCGAAUGGCACCACUGAUGCAGAUCAGUUUGACAGUCACGAUGAGAAAGAUGAUGAUGGCGAGGGUGAAUCUGUGGAAGAACACAAAAGUGUCAUCAUGCAUCUGCUGUCUCAAGUGCGCCUGGGCAUGGAUCUCACCAAGGUUGUCUUGCCGACAUUUAUCUUAGAGCGGAGGUCGUUGUUGGAAAUGUAUGCAGAUUUCUUUGCACACCCGGAUUUGUUCGUAAGUAUUGCGGAGCAGCAGGAUCCAAGGGACCGCAUGGUGCAGGUGGUAAAGUGGUACCUCUCAGCCUUUCACGCUGGCCGGAAAGGAUCUGUGGCCAAGAAGCCCUACAACCCCAUUCUGGGUGAGGUGUUCUUCUGUCACUGGGACCUGCCUGAAUCUGAGGAUCCUGCUUCUUCUGAGUCUGUAUCAGAUGGGCCAUUGCCGUGGUGUAGCAAAAACAGUGUGUCAUUUGUGGCAGAGCAGGUUUCUCACCACCCUCCUAUAUCUGCGUUUUACGCUGAGUGUUUCAGGAAAAAAAUCCAGUUCAACGCCCACAUCUGGACCAAAUCGAAGUUCCUUGGAAUGUCUAUUGGUGUCCAUAAUAUUGGUCAAGGUUGUGUGUCUUGUCUUGAAUAUGAUGAGCACUAUAUUCUUACAUUUCCUAAUGGCUACGGGAGGUCAAUCCUCACGGUUCCAUGGGUUGAGCUGGGUGGAGAGUGCAAUAUUUCCUGUUCCAAAUCUGGCUACAGUGCCAAUAUAGUUUUCCACACCAAACCGUUCUAUGGAGGAAAGAAGCACCGGAUAACUGCUGAGAUAUUUGCUCCCAAUGAUAAGAAGUCAUUUUGCUCCAUAGAGGGAGAGUGGAAUGGUGUGAUGUAUGCGAAAUGGGCUACGGGAGAAAAUGCACUAUUUAUUGAUACAAAGAAAACCGGCAUUGUUAAGAAGAAGGUGCGGAAAUUGGAGGACCAGUUGGAGUAUGAAUCCAGAAGUUUGUGGAAGGACGUGACUACGAACCUGAAACUGAGGGACAUUGAUGCUGCGACGGAAGCCAAACACAGUCUGGAGGAGAAACAGAGGGCGGAGGCCAGAGAAAGGAAGGAGCAGGACAUGCAAUGGGAGACGAGACUGUUUCAUGAGGAUGGUGAAUGCUGGGUCUACGACAAGCCUCUCCUGAAGCGAAUAGCAUCGCAACGACACUGAGGCCGUCUCCGAAAACCACAGAGUCUAGAAAACAGAACUCUCUCGCAAGCCACUUUUCUUAUUCAGCCUUGGAAUGACUAACGAAUGAACCCUUACAGCUUUGCAUUUUCGAUGUUUGAAAGAAUGACAAGAAGAAAACCCACUUACUCUAUACAAAUGGAAAAGACCUCCCUGCUCACUAGUUCAACACUUCCAGCUCUCUAUUACAUCUUUGAGGAAGAAAAAACACGCACAGAACACGUGAUCAGAAGCCCUUUAGCAUCGCAAAUCAAACAAGCGGCAAAGAACGAUCCCAGUGGACGUGUCUCUCUCUCUCCCACUCCUAAAGGGUUGAGGUGUUUUUAUCGAACAAACUCUGAAAACUACAGCGUUCUGGAUCUCAGGGAUGUAGUGGACUGAGGAUUGAAGGCUGUAUCUUAAUGUUCGAAAAGCCUUAACGUUGGAACCACAAAGUAAACAAAAUGAGAACUUGGUUCACAUACUGCUAGCUACAGCUGUUUAUUUAUAUAUAUUUUUGUUUUCCUUUUAUCUUCUUUCUCUAGGGCAAUAGUAACUUUGAAUAUACAUACAUGACGGCAACCAUUCCCUUUAUGUUCCACUCCAUCACCAUGAGUCUUUUAAGACGAUGCGGUUUCAUGCCCCAAAAUCAACAAUGAGCAAAAUUUACUAUUUACAAGACGGGGCUGAAAUUUAAGAAACUUUGCCAUGGUUGUGUUCCAUUCCAAUUAUGUUUUUUGUUUAGGCGGGGUGAUUUGAUAUGCUCUCUUUUUUUUAUGAUAGCUGUCUGAGUGUCCACAUAACUUAUCAGGAUAGUACAAAGUUGGACUGUCCAGUAGGAAAUCGUAAACGUGCACAAUAAAACGAUUUGACAAAUCUAUUCUUGCUGUGGUCAAGCAACAUUAUCACAAAUUGCCCUGCAAUCUCUCUGUGAAAUGUAACAUUUUAAUCCAAAUAAAUAUAUACGUUUCAUAGUCAUGCAUCGGAAAGAUGUGAUUCUCUUCUUGAAGGUAAAAGUAACCGUCUGUGGAUGUAUGGACUCCUGGAAUGACAUCUAUGCAUUGUGUAACAAUAUCACGCAAAAUCAAAUUGAGCAAAACAUUAUUACUGCUACAGCUUUAAAAAGCCACUUGCUCUCCAUAUUCUGUAGUGAAAUGGAGGCCUUAUACAGUAAAUUUCACUUUCACCUAGAGUUGCUUUCCAGAAGCAAUCCCAAAAAACUUUUUCUUUGCCUGGCAACGAUUGAUUGUACCAGAUUUCCAUGUAUCAAAGAAUAAUAUUAAAUCUCAGUGAGACCAAUUUGUGUGAGAAGGUUGAAUGAAUUUCUUCUUCCAGACGUCCAGAGUUGAAUGAUGCUGUAGCGGUUCACUUCAUUUGUACUUCAGGGAUUUGUUUCAUUUUGAUUUCCAAAGUAAUGGGAAUUAAUAAACAUCUAAAGUCAUAGUUAAUGUAUUCUUUAUCUAGAUAUAUUCUGCUUUUUUUUUUUGUGACUAUAAAUUAGUGUUUACAAAUUCUUAUUCAUAAAAGAAUGACUGUGAAAAUCAUGUAAAUUGUGGGAAUUCUUUGGUCAGAUGUGUGGGAACCUCACAAGCCAUGUAUAAAAAGUACACAAUAUUUCACAAUAACUUAAUAUAUAAUAAGUCUUGUUUACUAUAACCUUUCAAAGCUAAGAGAUAAUUAUGUACAGACAUAAUGAGUGCAAAACGUGAAUGUUCUCAAUAUAUAAGUGCUUAUGGAAACUUGUUUUGCACACAAACAGACUUGUUAUAAAUCACUUUUUAUGCAUUGCUAAAAUCUCAUCGGCUAGAAUUUUGUGUGUGAAUGCGGCCUUUACAAAAAUCUUAAUUCUUAUUCCGUUAUUGAAAGUAUUUCAUUUUGCUGGAAAAAAAAGUGUGAUUAGAAACUACUUUCUAUGACUUUACUACAUGCAUUAAACGGCACGUGAAUAAGCAAUUUUCCGCACUCAUCUCACUGGCAUUACUGGACAAUUUAAUUUAUUAAAUAUUUAUGUUUCUUUCAGCAUUGAAGCAUAUUCAUGUAUCACUUAAGCGCCACCUGGUGUCAUUUCAGUGUACUAAUAUAAGCUGAGCAAUUUCCCAGAAACCAUUGCGCUGAAACUGUAUAUAAAGAAAAGCUUGGCGUUCAUCCGGUCUCAUUCUUCCGCGGCGCUUCAGGGACUCACUCGUAUCCGGAGGAUUGACUGCACGCGUGAGACAACUGAAAUGUGGUGUGACUCUGGAAAAUGGGGUCAAAGGAACAUGUGCAGCGAAGUUAAUUUGAAAGGUUGUUUUCGUUCCUGGAACAAGAGAUAUGAAGAUACCAUCAGCUGAGCAAGCAUGAGUUCUGCAGGGGUGAACGCAUAUCUGCAGGAGUUCUACAGGGGUGCAAGGGUUUACUCCUAAUUCUUGCUGUGAAGAGAUCAGCAGCUGUCUGAAUGUUCUUCAGAGACUGAUGACCAGCAUGAUGUGCUGAUGGCAGGCACCGCAUGUGCUCAUUGACAGGUGUGGUGGCGACUGCUAUUCGUGGUGUGCAAAUAUGAAUGCAGCAUGUGCUUGUAAAGGGAGCACAAGAUUAUCCAGGAUGGCUCUGGAAACCCAUAUGGUAUAAGCCGUGUUGCCUGCAUCUGACUCUUCUGAAUGGUGGUCCAGAGCUUCGGUUCUUGUUUUCUGAUUUUGAAGUCCCUUGUCUCUGAGGCAAUUAAGUGACGCUCCUCUACAUUUGUUACAACCAAGUUUGUAAAGCGUAAUUUCAAUAAAGUUACAAAAUCAAA